GUCAACGUGAGCAGUUCUGAUUUAGAGAAGAGUAAACGUAUGUACUUUGUUUAAUUUUUUUUCAUGGUUCAGAUUUGUGCCAGAAAUCUUACUAUAGGUUUAUUGUUUUACUAAACGGAGUAAAGAGCAUCAAAUCAAGACUCAGGUAUAUAUUCUGAGGGAUUGAAACGGAGCCGUAAAAAAAAGAACAUGGCGGAAUCUUCAUUACCACAAAGACAAGGCAGAAGGAGCAGUUUGGAGAUACCUAUUGAGUUUUCAGGUAAAUCCAGCAGCCCCAUGACAGAAGGGCAGUUACAGUGCUCUGUGUGUAAGGAAGUGUUCAUUGAUCCCGUCACCACUCCAUGUGGACACAGCUUCUGCAAGAACUGUAUCACACAAAGCUGGGCAGCAAGUCAAAGAUAUUACUGUCCAUUGUGUAAUGAAUCAUUCAUCAAUAAACCUGAACUCAAGAUUAAUAUAACGCUGAGAGAUGUUGCAGAUCACUUCAAGAGGCAAACAGUCUCAGACGAUAUUUUAUGUGACGCUUGCACUGAUGCGAAACAAAAAGCCAUAAAAUCCUGUCUGGAUUGUGGCGUGACCUUCUGUGCAUCUCAUCUAGAACCUCAUAAUUAUGUUCCGAAUUACAAGAAACACAAACUAAUCAAUGCAGUGAAGAACCUUGAGGACUACAGAUGCCAGAAGCAUAUGAGACCUCUGGAUCUGUUCUGUAGAGAUGAUCAGAUGUAUGUGUGUCACUUCUGUACCGAGACAGACCAUAAGAAUCACAACGUGGCUUCUUUUGAGGAGGAGAUUGGACAGUGGAGGAGUCACUUGGGGAAAACACAGGUAGAGCUGCAGCAUAUGAUCCAGGAGCGACUGGAAAAGAUCCAGGAGAUUAAUCAGUCAGUAGAGCUCUGUAAAAAAAACAAAGAGAAAGAAACAUCAGAAAGUGUUGAAGUCUUCACCGCUUUGAUUCACUCCAUUGAGAAGAGCCAGGCUGAGCUGCUGGAGGUGAUGGAGGAGAAAGAGAAAGCAGUGGAAAAGCAGGCCGAAGGACUCGUUAAAGAGCUGGAGGAGGAAAUUGAUGAGCUAAAAAGAGGCGAUAUUAGGAUGGAGCAGCUUUCACAUUCUGAUGAUCAUCUUCAUCUGCUACAGAUUUACCCGACAGUGUGCAGAGUUCCACGCACCAAGAACUGGACCAACAUCAGGAUUGAAACUGAUCUAAGUGUGAAGGCCCUGAAGACCAAUCUGUCUGAGCUUCAGGAGACUUUGAAUAAGAAACUCAGUGUAACGCUGAGUGAGAAACAGAAGAAUAUCGUUUCCACAGAGCUGAAGAGGAUUCAGCUUUACGCAGUGGAUGUGACUCUGGAUCCUGAGACUGCUAAUCCUCAUCUCAUCAUUUAUAUGGGAGGAAAACAAGUAACACACGGAGAUAAAAAGCAAGAUGUUCCAGACACCCCGAAAAGAUUUACUCGUUAUACAGCAGUACUGGGAACUCAGGGUUUCUCCUCAGGGAGAUUUUACUAUGAGGUGCAGGUCAGUGGGAAGACUGAGUGGCGUUUAGGAGUGGCCAGAGAGUCUGUUAACAGGAAGGGGAAGUUGGAGAAAUUUUCCCCUCAGAAUGGAUUCUGGACGGUGAUUCUGAGGAACGAGGACGAGUACACGGCUCGUGAUAAUACCUAUAUCCCCCUCUCCCUGAGAGAAAAACCCCAGAAGGUGGGAGUGUUUGUGGAUUAUGAGGAGGGCCUGGUCUCCUUUUAUGAUGUUGAGGCUACGUCUUAUAUCUACUCUUUCACUGGUCAGUCUUUCACUGAGAAAAUCUAUCCGUACCUCAGUCCUUGUCCGAACGACGGAGGUAAAAACUCAGCACCGCUCAUCAUCACUCGUGUAUCAAAGACCCUGAGGUGCUGAUGCUAAUAAAUAUUUAUUAUAGAUCAGGACCACAAAUGAAUGGUCCAAAAUCUGGAGCUACAAAACAGAAAUUUUAAAGUAGGUCUAUAUGAACUCAGGUGAAAAGAAAUCAUAUUAACAUAUCUUCUAAGAACCCUGACAAUCAUGAGCACCAAGUACCUCACACACAGGAAUCUGGCACACCAAUGCUCUUUAUCUGCUCAUGUGACCUUCCUGAUGUUCUGCCGGAAACGUUCAGAGUCAUUUAAGAACCUCAUGUAUUCAGAAAGAAGCUUAAAAGAAGAAAGUACAACAAUAUUUAUAAUUCACUUAGAGCUACACUUACCAGCUGAGAUCAUGUGUGUAUAUAAUAUAUAUAUAAAAGUUAUAAUAAUUUAUAGAAUAUAAUAUAUAUAAAUCUUCUGGUUUCUAUGUGAUGAAUAUUAUAUUUCCGUAUUGUUGUCUUUAGGUUAUUAUGAAUCAGUUUGUAAGGCUACACUGAUGUGUUACUGAUUAUUUCAAAUCAUGAUUUAUCAGAAACAUGUAUGUAAUAGAAACCCAACAGAAGACGUUUACAUUGAUUACUAAUGUAACAUCAGGAGAAGCAGAAAAUAUACCUAAAUAUUCACCUGUUCACAUUUGUGUAUCUCUGCACCUUUCAGAGUUUCCCCUCAACCACUUAGAUGUUUUACAUUUCUGCAGGUGUGCCAUAUACUGUGUAUCGAUUUAAUGCUGCUUUAUGUGAUGUUCAAAGUUUGGAUUUGGUUCUGUCUUCAUCAAGAUGCAUCAUUAGCAAAAUCUCUUUUUUCUGUUUCUUCCCACAGACAAAUGAUCUCUCUAUUAAAUGCUCUGCAUUUAAACCUGAAGCAUGAGUCCUAGAAUUGUUUUACAAUGUAAACAUAUUUAUUACUCUGUUCAUAUGUAUCAUGGAAUCUGUUCAUACCCCCUUGUUGUUAUGUUGCAGUCUGAUACUACAAUCGUUCAAAUCUAUGGUUUUACUUAUUAAAAGACA